AUGCGUUUACAGUCAGUCCUGUGGGCGUCAUGGAACCUAGCCUCGCAGACCAGCGCGGGGUCCUGUUCCCCUGAAGGCUUCGGCUCACUCCCAGCAGGCGUAUCGAUUUCAAACACCACGCUGUUUCCCUUGUCUUUGGCAACAAACCUCUACGGGCAGUCAGCCGCAGACGACCCAGGCUACAACCCGGCCUUUGCCUGGAACUUCCCCGCACUCUGCGCCGUCAUCGCCAACGUGGUCGCGGGCAACUCGUCCUACAACCUUGGCCUGUUCCUGCCGAACCAAUGGGGCGGGAAAUUCCUGGUGGUGGGCGGCUAUUCUUUCGCAGGUGGCAUCAAUUGGCAUGACAUGAGCCCGGGGCCAUGGUACGGCAUGGCAACGGUCACGACCGACACGGGCCACCUCUCCGCGGCUGCGAACCAGUCAUGGGCUGCUGACCCGGGGCUGCGGGCGGAGUGGGGCUCGGUAUCAAUGCACGGCGCCGUGACGUACGGCAAGAUCCUCACCGAGGCGUUCUAUGGCUCGAAUGUUACUGGGUCUUACUACAGCGGCUGCUCCACGGGUGGGAGGCAGGGGCUCAAGGAGAUCCAGGAGUACCCUGACAGUUUCGAUGGUCUCAUGAUAGGCGCCCCUGCGUGGAACACCAAGAACUACAUGCCUUGGGUGACGCAGAUCGGCGUCUGGAACCGGGCGAGCAACGCGACCAGGCUGAACGAUUCCGACUUUGGCACCCUGGCGGCUUUCGUGCAAGCCCAGUGCGAUGCUCAAGACGGCGUCGAUGAUGGCAUCGUCAGCUCACCUGAGACUUGCCACAUCAACUGGGACGACAUUGAGUGCGGGUCAUCGAGCAACCCGAGCCCGUGUCUCAGCAGUGGGCAAGUCGAAAUCGCGCAGCUCGUCUACGGCGACUACUACAUCGACGGGGGAGCUGACUUUGUCCACAACGGCUUCGAGGUCAGCUCCGAAGACCAGUGGUCGACUUUUCUCACGGGGUCGAGCACGACCGGCUUCGAUGGGGACUACGAGCGGUACUUUUUGAAUUAUGGGCAGGACUGGCAGACCACAAGCUACAACUCGUCGACUGUACUGGACUCACGGGCACGAGAGAACAACGUUGCGACUGCAGAUAGGUUUGAGCUGAGAACCAACAGCAAGGGUUUGUAUCCCAAGAUCUUCCUGUAUCACGGGAUGGCGGAUGGUGUCAUCCCCUUCAAGUCCUCGGAGCUGUAUUACAACCGCACUCAGAGCGCCAUGUCUGGGGUGAACGUUACGGAUUUCUUUCGCUUCUUCGCCGUCCCUGGGAUGCAGCAUUGUGUGAGUAACCCUCCUCUCCCGACCGUCGAGAUGCCGAGAUUGACAGUGGCGCAGUGGGACACGCCAUCACCUCUGGCCUUUACGCCAAGUAAAACUACCGUCGACGCGCCCUGGAUGUUUGCCGGGGGAGGACAGGCAGGAUAUGUCCAGGACUUCAGCUUUGGCAACGGUUGGUCGGUGCCUGGCUUUGAGAACAAUUCUCGGUACGACGCAUUUGUUGCUCUGAUGAAUUGGGUGGAGCAGGAUGUCGCGGUCGACAGCGUCGUGGCCACAAUGUGGAAACGAGGCAACGGAACGCUGUAUACCUCCGGAGAGGUUCUUCGCCAAAGGCCGAUUUCGGAAACAUUGCGGUCCACCACCUGGGCAGCUGCCGUUCUAACUGUUCACAUCAGCAACAUGGCCUCGGACGAAGAGAAGCGGCCGCCGCCGCUCGACUCGCCAAACAAAACAAGUGGGCUAGCGAGCCCCAUCGGUCCUGGUCCUGGCUACAUCAGACCGCAAGCGCGCAAGCUGCACGACCCGGACGUCACUUUCGAGGAAUACCACUACUACGCGCUGCAAACCCGCGAGGAGGAGCGCGCCAUGCCCAAGCCGAAGACAUCGAUAUGGCGCGAGGUCAUCUUGCGUAAGAAGCCCGAGGCGCAAAUCGACCCCAGCGAUGUUGCCGUGGGCGACAUCACGGGCAACAACGUCAACUUUGCCAACCGCGCCAACCGCGCCGAGAUCACCGACGAGGAGUGGUCCAACGCGUCGCGGGCGUUCCGGACGGCGUCGGCGGGCGCGUGCUUCUACCUCAUCACGACGGACAUCCUGGGGCCCUAUGGCGUCGGGUUCGCAAUGGGGACGCUGGGCUGGAUGCCAGGCAUUAUCCUGUACAGCGUCUUCGGGUUCAUGGCCGGGUAUAGCGGGUACCUGAUCUGGUACACGUUCCUGGGCCUGGACUCGCACCAGUUCCCGGUGCGCAACUACGGCGACCUCGGGUUUCGUCUCUUUGGCCCCUGGUCGCGACACAUCCUCAACGUUCUGCAGGCGCUGGCUCUGCUGCUCAUCCUCGGCCAGGUGACGAUCCAGAAUGGCCAGGCGCUGUCGCAGGUGUCCAAGUUUCGUAUCUGCUACGCCGCAUGUCCCAUCAUCUUCAUCGCGGCGGGCUUUGCCCUCGGUCAGGUCCGCACCCUACGGCGGUUCGGGCUGAUCGCCAACCUGGCGAUUUGGCUGAAUCUGCUUGUCAUCUUCAUCACGAUGGGCACCAUGGCGCAUAGCCCGCCUAACUUUGCCAUCUCCGUGCUGGGCUCGGCUGGUGCGCUUGUUGAUCCGGACUCGAUUACACCGGAUGGUAAUGGGAACUACCCGCCGGUCAAGCACUACAGCUACUUGCCAGAUGCUGGCAGCCUGGUAGGAUCUCUGAAUGGUCUCAUGUCGGGUGUCUUGGCCUAUGGUGGAGCUCAGCUGUUUGUCGAGUUCAUGGCCGAGAUGCGCAGGCCCUAUGACUUUUUAAAAGCCAUGUGGGGGGCGCAAUUCUUUAUUUACAGUGUUUAUAUGAUCUACGGCUGCUACGUCUACUACUGGCAAGGACAGUACUCUUACCAGAUCUCCUACCAAGGCGUAUCCAUCUACGGCCUGCAGACCGCGGGCAACAUGAUCGCCUUUGUCAGUGGCCUCAUCGCCGCUGCGCUAUACGGAAACAUCGGCAUCAAGGUUCUUUACAAUAACGUCCUGAUGGAUCUCUUCUCGGCACCACCCCUAACCACCAAGUCGGGGAAAAUCGUCUACGCCAUCAUCGUGCCUAUCUGGUGGUCCAUCGCCUACAUCAUCGCGGCCGCCAUCCCGGACUACUUCGGUUUCGUCUCCGUCAUCGCGUCGGCUACCCUCCUCGAGUUCACUUACUGCUUUCCUCCCAUGAUUGCUCUAGCGUACGACAUCCACUUGAAUGCCAUGACCGAUGGAGAGGGCUUCGAUCCGGCGACUGGGGUCGUGGUGCGCAAAGACUAUGGCAUCAGGCGCUGGGUGAGAGGAUUCUUCCGGGGUAGAUGGUAUCUAAAUAUCUUGCACGUGCUAUAUGCCAUCGGGGCCUGGGCCACAGCUGGGCUCGGCCUCUACGCUGCGAUUGAAGGCAUGAUCGACGCAUUUGAAAAUCCCCAAAGGAACAGGGCCGAGACCUGGAAGAGAUCGAUCAGCUCUUCGAAGCUGAAAUAUUUGCUUGGCAUUUUCACGAGUUUCUACCGGAUGGGCUCAGCCACGACCUCGCUGUCCUUGGGAGGGACAAGACGGAUGCGAAGGGUUGUGCAGCAGUUCGAGGAUGUGGAUCGUGCUGCUCUGGAGGUUGCACCAGUGGGACACAUCCGUACAGGGACUUAG